CAUUCUAAUUGUUCCCCAGAGCGGAUUGAAAUAGCAAAAAUGCUUAAGUUUUUUAUUAUUACUGUGCUAAGCACAUCGGCAUUCCAGAUCGGUGUUUCUGGUGAAGAUCCGCAUUUAUGCCGGAAAGAGGUUGUUGUUAAGUAUACGGAAACGAUACCUAAGUCAAUAGACGAAUAUGGAAGUUUUUCGAUAUAUUUUUCAAAUUUGGGUAUACCAGCAGGGAAUCAAACUGUGACCAAAACCAAAAUGGAAGUACAAGAAGUUUGUUGCCCAGGAUACGGAAAAUCAGCCGACGGACAAUGUGUGCCAUCCCCAACUACUGAAGCAACAUCCGAUACAAAAGCAGUCGAUUCAUCUACAUUACCUCAACCAAAUCAAAAGGAGCCAUCUGAUGCUUCUAGGCAUAGUAAUCAACCUACAAAAAAUAGCCAUAAGCCACUUAUAGUAGGCAUAGUUUUUGGAAUUGUUGUACUGAUAAUUGUCAUAGCUUCUGUAAUUACUUGGCAAAUUCGCAAGCGAAGGAACGUUUCGAACUAUGAAGUCGAGGUCAAAUUUAACUCCGAAAUGCAAACAGCGCUAUUGUGAAAUUGUAAUAAUAGCAUAUCUCUUAACACACAAUGAAAAUAUAUUGUUUUCAGAAUAAGUGAUACGGAAGUAAGAAUGAAAUUUCAUGUAAAGCACCGUUCUUAUCUGUUUGAAUAAAGUAGAAAAACGAUAAAUUUGAA